AAAAUUUGGGAAACUGCGUAUUCCCCCGCCAAAAACAUUCCAAUGAACUUUUUUAUGAGCUACAUGUCGGGUAACUCACUCCAAAUCAUCCCCAUAAUGAUGACGUUGAUGCUUUUCACUGGCCCGUUGCAGUCUAUCAUAACGGUAAACGAUAACUUCGUCAACCUUGCCACAAAGAAGAACAAAACGGAAGUCUUGCAAGCCAAGAUCAUCUUCAUAUUGUGUCACCUCGGGUGCAUCGCGGUGGGUGUGUGGAAGUUGAACAGCUUAGGGUUGAUUCCCAACAGCCGAAGUGACUGGCUCGCCUGGGAGAGCCCCGUUAACGUGAGUAAUUUUUGUCCGGCCUUGAGCACUACUAACUAUCUAGAUCGUCGAGAGAGCAUCUCUCUUUUAAUUCACUAUGACGGAUCUCGUCUCAUUUAACAAAGAUUCAUUAAUACACUAUGUACACGGGUCGUAUUGUAGACUACUUCCAGAAGAUCCAUUUGGACUUCUUUCCAAUCUCCUCCAGACC